ACAAAUACAUAUAGUAAAACAUAAGAUUCGGACAAAUCACAUCACAGUAGUUUAGUAAAUCGAACAAUACUCAUGACUCGCACGUCGGUCAUAUGUGACUGUGUGUAAAAAUAAUUAAUGAGGUAAAAACAUAGGACAAAUAAUAGCCCAUAUUAUAUGGUCCCAAAAUAAUGAGAGAGGAAGCUUCUUGGAAGGUACAGAAACAAUAGAACAAAUAAGCAAUUCCUCAUGAGUCACAAGUCAUGAUAUACAGCAACCCCACUCCACCUCGAAUAGCACCUUCCUCGAAAAAUCCCUCAUUUUGGAACCAAAUGCCAAUUGGAACUAUACCCAAAUAUUUCAAUAAAUCUCCAAAAUUGUAGCAUAAAGUCCGUGUGAAGACUUGACAACUCGAGGCAGCCAUCAAAACAUUUACUAUUAACAAAAUAAAAAUAAUCAAAAAAAUUCAGCCGCUCAUUCUUGCGAAAUUAUUUAAUCAUCGGUGAGUGCCUACCAUAUCACCAACACCUUACAUUACAAUUUACAAGACUAGUACUACUCUUUAUAAAGGGUCAUCACAAAUAUAAAAUAAAAUUGAGUAUUGAUGGCUGCUUCGAAUCCUAUGAAAAUGGAACAAAAUUCCGAGUACGAAGACUUGUUGCCGGUGAUGGUGGACAAGCUCGAUGGCGACGCCUUCGUGGCGGAGCUGUGCGGCGGAUUCCGGCUGCUGGCGGAUCCGAGCAAGGGGCUGAUCACGGCGGCGAGCUUGCAGAAGAAUUGCGCGCUUCUAGGGUUGGAAGGGAUGAGCAGAGACGACGCGGAGGCGAUGGUGCAGGAAGGCGAUCUCGACGGCGAUGGAGCUCUCAAUCAAACGGAAUUUUGCAUUCUGAUGGUCAGACUCAGCCCUGGGAUGAUGGAGGAUGCUCAGACCUGGCUUGAUAAGGCCAUUCAAGGAGAGUUGCACAAAUCCUCUUCUUGAAUCUUCCUUUUUGUAUUUAAUUUACAAACCUAUUUUGUAUGUAUGCAUUUGUACUAAUUAUUCAUGAAAUCACUUGAUCAUUCAGCUGCUGCUUUGAUUA